GAUCUCCAUCAAAUAAAAACAGAGAACUCACAAAACGCAAGCCGCUGCCGAUUUGCCCUGUGACUGACUCUGUGAGGUGAGUGUAUAUCAGAACCACCACCAAGUUAGAGUCGCACUCAAUUCAACUCAACUCGCCGGAAAAAGCAAGUUCGCCAGAAACACCAGCCAGAACUGAAGUAGAAGAAUGGGAGUUGGUCGUGAAGUAUCAAUCUCACUUGAUGGAGUGAGAGAUAAGAACAUUAUGCAACUCAAGAAGCUCAAUAUUGCUCUUUUCCCUGUUCGUUACAAUGACAAAUACUAUGCUGAUGCUCUUGCUUCUGCUGAAUUCACUAAACUAGCUUACUACAGUGACAUUUGUGUUGGUGCAAUUGCGUGUCGGCUUGAGAAGAAGGAAGGUGGGGGGCAAGUUCGGGUUUACAUCAUGACUUUGGGUGUUUUAGCGCCUUACCGUGGACUUGGUAUUGGAACAAGGCUGCUGAAUCAUGUUCUUGAUCUUUGCUCGAAGCAGAACAUUUCUGAAGUUUACUUGCAUGUGCAGACAAACAAUGAAGAUGCCAUUAACUUUUAUAAGAAGUUUGAGUUUGAAAUUACAGAAACAAUCCAGAACUAUUAUACAAACAUCACACCACCAGACUGCUAUGUUCUUACGAGGCACAUAGCUCCUAGCACAACAAAGAAAUAACAUUUCAGUGUCGGUUCUUUUGGGGCAAGUCACCAGAGAUUGUUGCACUACUUAUUGAAUUUUGCCAUGGAUGUAUUACACUAAAGUUUGCCAUUUUCAAUGCUAGAUUUUAAACAGUAUAGUUAGCCCAAAAAAGAAGCAAUUGGGGAUCUCUUUGCUAAGGUACUAAGUUAUUCUAUCCCUGUCUUCCCCUUCCACCCCUUGUCUUACAAUUUUCGGCAAAAUAUUAUUAAAUUUUGAAUUUGGUACAAAAAGUCUUUGGGGGAAAA